AUGGCUCAAGAAUCAGCUACCGAUAAAGCUUCAUUAGCUUUCAGUGAACAACAUUAUUUCAGUUCUUAUGAUCAUUUUGGUAUUCAUGAAGAAAUGUUAAAAGAUCAAGUUCGUACUUUAAGUUAUAGACAAGCUAUUUUCAAAAAUAAAGAUUUGUUUAAAGAUAAGGUUGUCUUAGAUGUUGGUUGUGGUACUGGUAUCUUAUCAUUAUUUGCUGCCCAAGCUGGUGCUAAACAUGUUAUUGCUGUUGAUAUGUCAAAUAUUAUUGAAAUGGCACAAAAAAUUGUUGAUUUAAAUGGUUAUAGUGAUAAAAUUACUUUAGUUAGAGGUAAAUUAGAAGAUGUUAAAUUACCAUAUCCAGAAGUUGAUAUUAUCAUUAGUGAAUGGAUGGGUUAUUUCCUUUUAUAUGAAUCAAUGUUAGAUACUGUUUUAUAUGCAAGAGAUCAUUAUUUGAAAAAAGGUGGUUUAAUUUUCCCAGAUCGUGCUACAAUGAGAAUUGCAGGUAUUGAAGAUGGUGCUUAUAAAGAUGAUAAAAUUCAUUAUUGGGAAAAUGUUUAUGGAUUUGAUUAUACUCCAUUCAUUGAUAUUGCAAUGUGUGAACCUUUAGUUGAUAUUGUGGAAAAAAAUGCCGUUGCAACAACAAGUGCAGAAUUAAUUGAUAUUGAUAUAAAUACAGUUAAAAUUGAAGAUUUAGCUUUUUUCAAAAGUUUCAAAUUAAAAGCUUUAAGAGAUGAUCAAAUCCAUGGUUUAGUUGCUUGGUUUGAUAUUUGGUUCCCUUCAAAUGAUCCGAAGAAUGAAGUUUAUUUCUCAACAGGUCCUCAUGCUCAUUAUACUCAUUGGAAACAAACUGUUGUUUACUUAGAUCAAGUAUUAGAUGUUAAAAAAGAUGAAGAAAUUGAAAUAACUUUAGCUAAUAGACCAAAUGCAACAAAUCCAAGAGAAUUAGAUAUUGAAGUUGAAUGGAAUUUAAAAGUUAAUGAUGAAUAUAGAGCUCAAAAGGGUAAAUAUAACUACUUCAUGCGUUAG